CUCGACGCUCAGCAACUCCCGCGCUUUUGAUCGAUGCGCACUUUUCUGGGGUAUAUGAUGGCGCUUUAGAUUAUCAGAUACACUCCUGUCGAAACCCCCACACAAACCAUGUCGAAAGCUGUUGUCAAGACGACCUUCGAGGCGUCUCGGACUCUUCGUCCUAUAUACACCGGAGGAAGUACUGCGCUGGAUGCCAGUGGACGGCUGUUGGUGACCUGUAUCGGUGAAGAUGCCCUUGUUGUGGAUCUUGAAACUGGUGAUCAACUUGCCAGCCUAGAAGGAGAUGGAGAGGUCAUUACCAGCGUUGCCAUCACUCCGUCGGCCUCCCAUGUCAUUGUCUGCUCGCGCUCAAUGGCCAUGCGCAUUUACUCUCUGACGCCUUUCGAUGAAUCUUCUCGAACGAUUGAAGCGGAACUUGUUCGAAGCCUCAAACCUCACGUAUCGCCGGUUGUCACGACCGCAACAGACCCCACCGGCACCUUCCUAGCCACUGGUGCCGCCGAUGGGUCCAUCAAAAUCUGGGAUGUUAGACGUGGGUAUGCUACACAUACGUUCCACGGCCACGGCGGUGUCAUCUCGGCACUGUGCUUCUUUCAAAUACCCUUCCAAGACGCAGAAGAUAAGCCCUCUUCCAAGAAGAACAAGUCGAAAAGCAAACCGAAUGACUUCGAUUCGGACGAGGACAUGGAGGAUACUGGCCUCAACUCUGUGGACUCGGCAGAUAUCCUUCGGCUUGCCUCCGGAAGCGAGGAGGGUACAGUGCGAGUGUGGGAUUUGAAGAAGAGGAAGUCCAUCGCUACUCUUGAGUCUCACGUCUCGGUGGUCCGAAGCUUGUCUUACUCGCCGGUGGAGAACGCGUUGCUGUCUGCUGCGCGAGACAAGACCGUGAUCGUCUGGGAUGUUCGCACUUUCAAGACGCGCCGAAUUAUUCCAGUCUUGGAGAGUGUGGAGGCAGCCAGCUUUGUCGAAGACAGUGGGCUGUGCAUGGUUGGCGGCGAGAACGGUAAAUUGCGCGUAUGGGACUGCAACCGAGGAGGAGAGGUGACCCACGAGCAAGAAGCCGGAGAGGAGUUCGAGGCGGUGAUCGCCAUCCAGUAUUCCCCGGGCAUGUCGUUCGCUAUCACAGUCCAUGCGGACCAGACAUUGCGUCUUCACUCCCUCGAGCCUCUAUCCAGCUUCAAACCCGGCUCCUCGAUUGAGCCACUCCCCGUUAUCAGGCGCAUCUCAGGCAACGACGACGAUAUCAUUGAUCUCGCAUACGUCGGACCUGAUCGUUCCAUGCUUGCGCUGGCCACAAACACCGAAAGUAUCAGAGUCGUUUCGGUAGGGCCGUCAGGCGAUCGGCCGUCUCUCAGCGAAGAGGACUAUUUUGGCGCGGAUGUCACCCAUCUGGAAGGCCAUGACGAUAUUAUCAUCUGUAUCGACGUGGACUGGUCCGGUCACUGGCUAGUAACAGGCGCCAAAGAUAACACAGCACGUCUGUGGCGGUUAGAUCCAAAGAAUUCGUCUUAUUCCUGCUUUGCAGUCUUCACAGGUCAUGCCGAGUCAUUGGGUGCUAUUAGUUUCCCUCGAGUUCCUCCGCCGGCCAACACCCCGGCGCAUAAGGACCCGUUGAACCACCCCCCGGCUUUUCUGCUCACAGGUUCUCAAGACCGCACCAUUAAGCGAUGGGAUUUGGGGAAACUGACCCCUCUUCAAUCUUCGAAACCGCACUCUCCCAAGGCGAUAUACACCCGCAAAGCUCACGAGAAGGACAUCAAUGCCCUGGAUGUCAAUUCGUCCUCUACCCUAUUUGCGUCCGCGUCGCAGGACCGUACAGUCAAGAUCUGGUCCGCCGAAGACGGGUCAGUGAUUGGUGUUUUGCGCGGUCAUAAAAGAGGUGUCUGGUCUACACGUUUCGCGCCUCGGGGCACUCCAGUUCUCACCACCGAAGCCAAGAGCAGCACCAACAGAGGCUUGAUAGUUACAGGAUCUGGCGACAAGACCGUCAAGGUCUGGAGCUUGUCAGACUACAGCUGUCUCCUCACGUUCGAAGGCCACACCAACAGUGUGCUGAAGGUCCUUUGGCUCCCGCCUCCGGACCUGUCCAGUAAAGAUGAGGAUGAAGAUGAAUCCGCUCAGGGUCCCAACCUGACGUCGCAAGCACGGCCUCUCGUGGCAUCAGCUGCUGCCGAUGGUCUCGUGAAAGUCUGGUCUCCGUAUACUGGGGAAUUAGAAACCACGCUUGAUAACCACACAGAUCGAGUGUGGGCACUCGCCAGCCCCACGCCGUCUGGCUCGCGUGCCGAUUCAUUGACACCCUCUACCCAGAACAACUCCUCUCCCUUUGCGCUUGCCUCUGGCUCUGCCGACUCCACCGUUACGUUCUGGACUGAUACCACCUCCGCUACCUUUACUGCCGCCGUCAGCGCAAACUCUGCCCGCGUCGAGCAGGACCAGCAGCUCGAGAACUACAUCAGGGCAGGCGCUUAUCGCGAAGCCAUCACACUGGCUCUCCAGCUCAACCACCCGGGACGACUCCUUUCUCUAUUCACCGCUGCCAUCGACGCUGCCGAUGAUCCGUACUCGACUGAUCCCAAAAAGGAAGAACGUGCCAACAGCUUGACCGGCGAUGCCGAUAUCGACCACGUGCUUCAAACCCUGGGCUCUGAAAACCUCAGGAACCUCCUCCUUCGUCUGCGCGAUUGGAACACCAACGCGCGCACCUCGCGGGUGGCUCAGCGCAUCCUCUUCGCUUUGUUCCGCUCCUAUCCCGCCUCGACCUUCACCGAGCUCGCAAGCGCCAGCAUGGCCAAGCGAGGCGAUAACGGCCGCACUGCAGCCGGCAUGAAGGACAUUCUGCAGGCCUUGGCCGCGUACACCGAACGCCAUUAUCGCCGUGUCGAAGAACUCACCGACGAGAGCUACCUCGUCGAGUGGGUUUUGGGAGAGAUGGACGGUGGUAUGGGGCUAGGGGCACUUAAUGCCCCUGGGUCAGACGAGGUCCCUGAACACGAAAAGGACGUGCUUAUGCUUGGAGUAUGAAGAAGGCGAAUUGUCCUUCUCCACCCCCCUGUGAAUGAGGAUAUGUAAAAAUAGACAGGAUGGUUUUCUUUUUGCUCGGCGCUUUCUACUGGAGUCCCAUUGCAUUUUUUUGCAUCUCAGAUUCAUUUCUUGGGAGAAGAUAAUGUAUAAAGGAAAAAAAGUUUUUUUGUUUGUGUCUAUCAGCGUCUCAUUUGCAUGCUUAUUCUAUAAAUACUUAUAUUGAUU